CCAAAAACAAAAUGGAAGUCGACUUUACACUUUCCAUUUUCCAAAAUUUCCACCCAAACCCCCGCGCCCAACUUCUUCCCUUUGACGCCUACCCCCACUCGACUGCUACACACUCUUCUGCUACAUGUAUUCAUCUAUUUGUACCUAUACGACCCAGAUUUGAUUCUCUCUUUAUACACGACAGUUGUAAUUCCCCUUUUUAACUCAAUUCUCUAUGUACCCUUUUCAUUAACUUCUCUAAUUCCCCCAAAUUCUUGUUUCUUGAUGCGCCUUUUUUUGAACAAACCCAGUUUUAGUAUUCCAAUCAAUAUUAUUCGAUCUGCUUUCUUUAAUAGCAACAGAAGAUACCCUUUACCCGUUAAGAAUCACAAUCUCAAUUUCUUUUUCAGAAGAAUUUCAUCAAUGGCGACAACUCCAAAGCCAAAUGAAGAAGGAGCCGCGAAGCGUUUUUGGGAUAAAUUUAGUAAGGAAUCGAAUUUGACACUCUACACGCCUUUUGUGGUCUCUUUGGCUUCUGGGAAUCUUAAGAUUGAUACAUUUGGCCAUUAUGUCGCUCAGGAUGUUCAUUUUUUCAAAUGCUUUGCUCAAGCAUAUGAAUUAGCAGAGGAUUGUGCAGAUGAUGACGAUGCUAAGGAUUCCAUUGUUGAAUUAAGAAAGAAUGUUCUCUACGAGCUUAGACAUCAUGCCUCUUUUGUUCAAGAAUGGGGUGUAGACUUAUCAAAAGAAACAACACCAAAUGCUGCAACAACAAAAUACACAAAUUUUUUAUUAGCAACUGCAUCUGGGAAAGUUGAAGGAGUAAAAGGUCCAGGAGAACUUGCAACUCCUUUUGAGAAAACUAAGGUUGCAGCUUAUACACUGAGUGCAAUGGCUCCUUUCAUGAGGCUUUAUGUUUUUCUUGGAAAUGAGCUUAAAUCAUUUGUUGAUUUUGAUGGAGAUGAACACCCUUACAAGAAAUUGAUUCACAAAUACUCCUCUGAAAGUUAUCAGGCAACAAUGCUUCAAAUUGAAGACUUAUUGGACAAAUUAAGUGUCUCUUUGACUGGUCAAGAACUGGAUACAAUGCAAAAGCUUUAUCAUCAAGCAUUGAAACUUGAGAUGGAAUUCUUUUUAGCUCAACCUGUUCAUCAACCAACUGUUCUUCCAUUAUCAAAGCUUCAUAUUCCUUCAGAAAAUCAACUCAUGAUUUUUUCUGAUUUUGACUUGACAUGCUCAGUUGUUGAUUCAUCUGCAAUUUUAGCUGAGAUUGCUAUUGUCACUGCACCAAAAUCUGAUCAAAGUCAACCCGAAAGUCAAAGUCAAAGUCAAAUUGUUAGGAUGCCAUCAGCUGACUUGAGAAACACAUGGGAGAUGCUCUCAAAAGAGUACACUGAAGAGUAUGAACAGUGUAUGGAAAGUAUGUUGGCCAAUGAAAAAGUUGAGAGUUUUGAGUAUGAAGGGCUGAAGAAAGCAGUUGAAGAAUUAGUGGAAUUUGAGAGAAAAGCAAACAUGAAAGUGAUUGAAUCAGAAGUGCUGAAAGGAUUAAAUGUUGAAGAUAUAAAACGUGCAGGAGAACGUCUUAUUAUGCUUGAUGGAUGCAUGGGUUUCUUUCAAAGCAUCAUCAACAAUCAAAACUUAAAUGUCAAUGUUCAUGUCUUAUCAUAUUGUUGGUGUGCUGAUCUUAUUAGAUCAGCUUUCUCAUCAGGAGGUCUACACAAAAUCAACAUACACGCAAACGAAUUCGAAUACCAAAAUUCAUUAUCCACAGGAGAAAUCAUCAAACAAGUCGAAUCCCCAAUCGACAAGCUUCAAGCUUUCACCAACAUUCUCAAAAACAAUCCCCAAACGGGCCCCACAAAUCUCACAAUCUACAUCGGGGACUCAGUUGGAGACUUGCUAUGCCUUCUAGAAGCUGACAUAGGCAUAGUCAUAGGGUCAAGUUCAAGUCUUAGAAGAAUCGGGACCCACUUUGGCGUAUCUUUUGUCCCUUUAUUUCCCGCUUUAGUCAAGAAACAAAAGGAAUGUAUUGAAGGAAGCUCUUUUAAAUGGAAGGGGCUUUCGGGUGUUCUUUAUACGGUUUUUGGCUCAUAUAUGGAUGCGAUUGUUUUGGGAUGCCAAUUCGUGAAAUGGGCUGAGAGAUUUUGUUGCAGAGAUGAAUGGCAUGAAGCUAAAGUCAUCAAUAAAAUUGUUGAAAAGAUUUCUGUGGAGUUAUGUUUCACUAAUUUGGAAGUCGAUGAAAAAUUAAUAGGCAUGGAAAGUCGGAUAAGAGAUAUAGUUUCCUCUUUGGAAAUGGGUGUUGAAGAUGUUCGUAUGAUAGGUAUCAAGGGGAUUGGAGGGGUGGGAAGACGACUUUGGCAACAGCUGUUUUUGACAAAAUAUUAUUUUCUUUUGAAGGUAAAAGCUUUGUUGAGAACAAAUUUCACCAUUGGGAAUGUUCAUGAAGGGAAAAGCAUAAUGAAAAAGAUUUUGUGUGGCAAAAAGGUUUUACUUGUUUUAGACGAUGUGGAUCAUUUAGACCAAUUGGACGCAUUAGCUGGUGGGAUUAAUUGGUUCAAACCAGGAAGUAGAGUUAUUAUUACAACAAGAGAUGAGCAAGUGCUCAAAGCACAUAGAGUGAAACUAAAUCAUGAUAUCAAUCUGUUGUCACAAGAUGAAGCAACGUGCCUGUUCAGUAGGUAUGCAUUUGGUAGAGAUAUUCCAAUUCAAACGUACAAAGAUCUCACACUUGAAGUUGUACAUUAUGCUGCUGGUCUUCCCUUAAUAAUAAAAGUUUUGGGUUCAUUUCUUUGUGGUAAAGACAAGCUUGAAUGGAAAGAUGUGGUAAAAAGACUAAAAUCAAUUCCGUUGAAAGAAACUUUAGAAAAAUUGGAAUUAAGCUAUACUGAAAGGUUGGCAGAAAGAACGAGCAAUUAG